AUGGAAACCCGUAAUGAAAACACAUUGAACACCGAGGAUGCGGACUCGGGGAGCUCUCGGUCGCCCCGUGCAGAACGGCCCGACAUCGGCGAACAAUACCAACAACAGACGACGUCCGUGAACGUAAACAGACGCAAGAUAAAACGACAAAACAGACCAAAGAGAGUCUCUCAAUCGCAAAUAAAACGUGCUCGGUCGGAUAAAAUAAUGACGGCCCGGAAUGUCGGGUUUAGUAACUCCGAAGCGUUGUACGCGAUUACAUCUCCUACUCCGUUCAUGGACACCGAAACCAUAGAACUAUUGGUGACUGUAACUAAAAACAAACUAAUGAAUGUCAUACGCAGAAAAGGCCCCGUAUCCAAAAUCACGCUGCACUUCUCUAAGCGGAUGAUAUCAAAAUUAAAAAACCGUCGUAAUCGCGUUCAUUAA